GCACCUCUGAGCACCAUAGGUUUGAAAGUGUAUGUUCAAAUUAGAUUAAUAACGACAAGUUAGAUUGUGGGUCUUGUCAAACUACUUCCAACCGGCACUAAUGGAUCUUUUUGGAAUUCUGUUCUUAUGCGUAUUUGUUUCUGUAGCGAAGGCUGCGGAUGAGACGGUAUGCUACACUGACCUAGGUUGCUUUGAUAAGGGGUGGCCAUUUUAUGACUUCCCCGACCGACCUAUAAGUUACCUACCACACACAAGAGAAGAGGUCGGGACUGAGUUCCAAUUGAACACAAGACGCAACCCAGUUAUACCUCAGUACAUAUCUGCCAACAACCUAACCUCCAUCAGUAAAUCGUUGUUUAAUCCCAAAAAGCCGACAACAUUUAUCUGUCACGGAUACGCAGAAAACUCGGACGUUGAUUGGGUUAAAGAGCUAGGCACAACUUUCUUAAACAAUGAAGACGUAAACAUCAUUCGAAUCAACUGGGAGAAAGGUGCAUCCAUUCUAUAUGGACAAGCAGCAGCAAAUGCUAGAAUCGUUGGGGCAGAAGCUUCAUUUUUGAUUGAUCAAUUAAAGAAAUUCUAUGGCUACAGUGCGUCCAGCAUCUACUUAAUAGGCCAUAACCUUGGGGCGCACAUAAUGGCGUACGCUGGAGAAAGACAGACCACACCAAAGAUUGGUAGGAUCACAGGUCUAGACCCGGCAGGCCCAUAUUUUGACGGGACUACCCGAGCUGUUAGAUUGGAUACAACAGAUGCAGAGUUUAUUGAUGUCAUUCAUACAGAUACGGACCCUGUAUAUACCACAGGUAUGGGCAUUUACAUGCCGGUUGGACAUAUGGACUUCUAUCCAAAUGGUGGUAGACAGCAACCCGGAUGUGAUAACGGUUUGAUUGAAAAUAUAGUUUUAGAAGGCGAACUUUAUCAAGGUGGUGUCCAAUACGGAUUCUGUGAUCACUACAGGGCUAUCGAUCUUUACCUGGCUUCUAUUAACAGCAAAGAUCCUUUCACCGCAUUUGAUAGCAAAAAUUACGGCUAUGGCAAAGUUGCAUACCAGGCUUUCCUAGACGGAGACAUUUUUGAACAAGGUUCUAAAGUUGAGAUGGGAUAUAAUUCUGACGUAUACGCUGCCCCUGAAACCGGAAAUCGGAUAUUCUAUUCAGCUACAUAUGGGAAAUUAGCUGGUUAUCAGUAUCAUUUUGUCGUCUACAUCGAUAAUCCCGGUUGGCUGAAGGGCGACAGUGAGAAGGGCGUCAUUUUCGUAACGCUAGUAGGGUCUGAUAGUCAAUCACAACGCAUACAGCUGACCAGUGAAUCGUUGUACAUUACACCAGACGAACAAAUAAAGGUUGUGGCUAUGUCAGCCGUAGAUCCGGGUAAAUUAUCUGGGCUUUACUUUGAAUGGGAAUACGAUCCAGACUGGUAUAAGUUUUGGGACUGGGAUUUAUGGAACAACCCUAAAAUUUACGUUCACAAAAUCCUAAUGAAAUCAGGACAUACCGGAAACACCUAUACCAUGUGUGGCGAUACCAAAGAAAUCGAAGCGAACAAAGAUGUGAGGCCCUUUUUCUCUGUAACAGACUGCAAAUAAAGAUACCUUAAGGCAGCAGGAAUUACACCUACCACCAAAUAUAUUCUGAGUUAGGCCCGUAAAUUCAUAGUUAUUACUAAAAAUAUUUGGAAUGGUUUAGUUCUCUUCGAUGAUCCAAUAAAUAUUUAUAUAAAACACUGAAAACCGACUUACAUGUUUUGCUAUUAUAUUCUAUUAGCAUU